AUGGCCAAGCCUACCAUAAAGCCCAGCUGGCAGUCUCUUUACUACCCGCUGCAGCCUGAAGUUUGGGGCUCCGUCGCUGCUGCUGUUAUAUUGGUAUUCAUAGUCCUCAUGUUGGGCUAUCCCUGGAGGGCUGCCACGCAGUACCCCAACACGGAUGGUGUUGACUGCUUGGCUGAUAUUCUCCUUCAUCGUAGGACUUUAUACCGCAGCAACCUCACAGCCUACCUCACCGCACCCAAAUACCCGCCUCGGGUAGAAACUCUGGCUGACCUCGUUGGCAAAGAUGCUAAGAUUACAACAACUCCAGAUAUUACAGAGUUCAUAGAUAGCUGGAAACGAUCUGAUUCAAAAUUGUUCAAGGCACUGAGUAACAAAAUAGAGAUUGUACCUACAUUUACAGCUGGGUUGCAAGAAACCAUCGACCAAGGCAAAGCUUAUGUGUACGAACGGCUGAACUUAGAGGUGUUAAUCGCUCAACAUUUCACAAAUAAAGGGGGAUUCACACCACUCUACGUAGCAAGAGAAAAUAUUGUGCCCGGUUACUGCGGCUGGCCGCUCUCUCCCAACACGCCCUUCAAAUCCAAUCUCGACCACUGCAUUCUGGCUUUUCAUGGGGCCGGACUGAUAGAAAAGUGGACUAAGGAAAUUUUGGAAAGAACUCAGUUUGAUAGUCGGCAGAGGAUGAAUACAGUAACAGAUGCUGAGGACACUUAUUCCGAGGAUCAAGAUGUCGAGAUUCAUCAGGUCACAACAAAAGCUCUCACUUUGAUCCACAUGCAAAGUCCUCUUUUCCUCUUUGUCGCAGGAGCCUUCCUCUCCUUCGGCGUCUUCAUUGGGGAAAGCUGUUUCGCUUUGUCGUCAUGGCCAAAUCUCAAACGAUUCAAUAGACCAAGCAGCCGCGAAUUCGUGCUUUCACCAUCAUGAAGAAAUAGCCUACUGGGAAUCUACUCUUGCACAAAUAUUUUCUUAAUUACUUAUUUAUUUCUUUUAUAGAUUCUCAUAUA